GUUCAUUGAGCAUACACAUCUCAUUUAAAACCAUUUCGGAAGACGAAAACUCUCAGACGUUACAGAAAAUAAAUUUUCCUAAAAAUCGAAAUUCCAACAAAAUGUCGCACAUACGUCAUCUUAAUACGGAUGAACACAGAAAUCUAAAUCUGUGGCUUAAAGAGCAACACAUCGAUCUGAAUGCAAAAAAAAGACGCGAGCUCUCUGAUGUCCUGCCGGUGGCCGCAAUUGUCAAGAGUGUAUACACUCGUCUGGUGGACCUGAAUACCUAUACACCCUCACGGCACAGUGUGGCUCUCAAGUUAAAGAAUUGGGAGAUUUUUAAUCAGAAGGUUCUUAAGAAACUGCACAUGAAAUUGUCCGCAUCAGAAAUAAAGGAUCUCGCCCAAGGCAGAACAGGAGCAAUAGAGUCGCUGUUCUACGACCUUUUCGUGGCAGACACCAGCGCCAAGACAUGCAGUGAAUCAAAGACAUCCAACGAGUCGUUGAAAAAACUGAGAGGGACGCCUAAGAAACCCAGCAAGUCGUUCAAGGAGUGUAAAGAAUCGUUGCAGAGACGCAACGAAUCGUUGCAAAUACCAAACGAAUCGUUGCAGAGACACAACGAUUCGUUACAAGGACCCAACGAAUCGUUGCAGAAGCCAAACGAAUCGUUGCUUAGACCCAACGAUUUGUUAAAGGAUCCCAGCGAGUGGUCGAAGUCGAGGGCACUGACCUUCAACCACAUCUCAAGGCCUGCCCCUGUCCUGGAAUUGUCGGAGAUGUUAAUCGUCGAUGCGGGGCAAACGAUCAACGGGAAGGAACUGGAAUUGCCGUUCAACGUUGUGCCUUACGAUAUUUACGAGGAGGACAUGCGCAAAAGCUUAGCAAAGGACGCCUUUAUUAUAAGACUAGAAGAGAAAUCAAAAUAUCUGGAAAAUAUUAUAAAGUCAAAGGAGAACCGCAUAAACGUUCUGAUGAGCCAGAUGUGUAAACUAUCGGAUAAAUUUUUAUACAUUCAUUCAAAUUUUAUCAAUAAUGUGGAUGACCUUAGUAGUACUCCAGGUAUCUAGAUCCAAUCAAACCACCUUUCCGAUCUGGAUAUACAUGUGUUAUUCCAAGAUGCCCCAAUUUGGAUGUUUGGAGUUCCUGGGUGUGUUUAUACCUACAUAUAUAUUUUUGAAUGUUCAUUUUGGUUUUUAAGACAUUUCAUUUGGUUUUUGAAUGAAAUUAAAUUAUU